AUGGAGGAUUCGACUCCGGACAUUCAAAGUGACUUGUCCUCUCUUUCUUCAUCGUCCGAUGCACCAAAGCAAGCGAGCCAUGAAGAAACGAAGCCGACAAUUGGUGCUGUAAAAGACGAAGAUGAGUCGGAGAAGAGUGAUCCGGUGAAUGAGGCUAUCUCGAGUGCUUUUGCUCUGGAGUAUCAGCAGCGGAACGAGAAAACGAGGAGAGAUUACGCCGCCAAGUUCCAACAGGGUGUUGGUAGUGGAACAGCGGGAGUAGCGGGCGAGCCGACCGAGCUGCUUCCCAGGUUCGAGCCUGUCUUCAGCGGUCACAACAUGGAGGUCAUUGAGGAUGGUCGAACGCUGCGGAAGAAGGACUGGAGCAUCGUGCAUGGCCGAGUCCUCGGUCUGGACAGGAAGGUGUGGUACGAAGACAAGGAAGAGAACGUGGCGUAUGGCUACCAGGCUCCUUCCACCCUCGUGUUGGGCAGAUCCUCCUCCAUGGGCGUCGAGCGCUACUCCUUUCUCAUCCGAGAGAUCCAAGGAGGGAGCUUUUUCCUCGGCUUCCUCGAGCUUCCCUUCAAGCCGGUGCAGCAGUGGCCCAACUUCUUUGAUACCUGCGCCUGGAUGCUCGCAGAUGGAGGGAACGUGUUCCGCACGGGGCCCGACGUAGGAGGAGAAGGAUACUACGACUCGCCGCAGGACGAGCUUCCUCUGAUGGGGAGGAGGUUUGCGAUGAAGACGGGGUUCGAGGUACUGACGGAGCUGCUGCGGCGGGAGCUCUACACUCAAUACCCCAACGUGACGACACCAGGGAUCUGGACGUUCGGGGAAGGGUCGGUGGUGUCGCUAGAGAUCAACAGGGAGGAGAGGGAGCUGCGCUUCGAAGUUAACGACGCUCCUCCCUUCACCCUGCGCAACGUCUCCUCCUCCGCCCUGCCCUUCGUGACGCUCCUGUACCCCAACGACACCGUCUCCCUCCUCUCUCCCGCCGAGGAGCAGUUCUUUCGUGCAAGGUGGAAGUCGAAGAGGAGGGGGCCGGAGGACCCGGACUACUGGGUGUGGGACUGGGAGCGAUGGCGCCCGUCCGACGGUGGUCUGAUCUGGAAGGAUGGGAAGUACGUGGAGGAUCCUAACAAGAAGAACAGAUGGUUUCCAACCUACGACAACAACGACGGGAGGAGCCCGGUCCCCGGGCUGAGCCUGACGGAGUACUUGAUAUUGAAGAGCUCGUAUGACGAGCAGGCGCACGAGAAGCGGAAGAAGGAGAGGGAGAGACGAGACAAGAAGACACUGGAACGAGGGGACAUGCCGAGAGAGCUGAAGCGAGUGAUGAAGGAGGAGGACAAGGGUAAGUGGAGAGAUUUGGAGGAGAAGCUCGAGGAGCUGAAGAGCAGAGGCAAACUAAAUUGA